CGACUCACCCCUUACAUUCUUUGCCCUGAGAAUACAAAGAAAAUGGCGACAGCCACAAACAAUGCCCUUUCUGUUUUGAGCAGUCCUUUCCGGAUGAUUGCAAGGCUGCCUUGCUAGUCGGCACAAACUGUCCGCCUACUACUAAUUAGGAAUUCCUGACGUGGAGAACUCAUUCGUCCGCCAACGUCAGGAGUGCAUGCGUAAGACCAAUCUGUCGUUUCGGACGGUCGCUGAAUUUUCUCCUAUUAUCAUCCUACAUGCUCUUCAACUGCGAUCUCUCCUUCAACGCAGCGACAAUCUCCGGCACAGGUCUUUACUUGAGGCGCAUUAGGGGCCCCUCAGCGCGUAAGGGGUACCGCCCGCCGAAAGCGGUAAUUGGGCACGCGACACACUCCUUACUACCAGCAACGAAUUGAUGAGCGCGCCUGGUCUGACUUCAGAUCCAAUCGACCUGCAACUGCGCGCGUCAAGACUGUCAGACACAUCACUGAAGCACCAUGGAGGGUCUUCUCCCCAAAAGCAACGAGUCUCCUGAUGGCAUAUUGCAAUCACACCAAGAUGGCCAAGGAUCGUGGACACAGCGCCUCAAGGCCCUGCCUCUAUUCGCCAUCCAUCGCGUUCGUCGCCUCGGCGUAGGCUUUCUUCUCAAGUGCGUCGGUGUCUUUGGGUUCUUGCUACUGCUCCUGCAUCUCAUGGAACCAAGACUCGGAGACCGAUACCGCAACGUACUAAGCUGGACCUCCACAGAGACUACCGAGGGACCUCACCUGCGACUCGUCGUCUUUGGAACGCAAGACCUCGUUGGCAGCUCAGGGAGCUCGGAAAUUGAACAAAUGACCUGGCCCGAGAAGCUCUGCAAAGAGUUGAGCUGUGACUCCCUCUUGUCGUUUGUUCCCAGAAGCGACGCCCAGCCAGGCAUCCUGUCCAACGGCCUCUAUAGCGAUGCACUGCAAUCACUGCAAAAGGUAGCCGAGGACGCGGAUAUCAUGAAGAACCCGGCCGCCGACUUUUUCUUCGUCAGCGAGCAGUAUCCCGUGCCUGCGCAGACGCCUGAUCUGGAGCAUCAAAUCAAGCAGUUUCUUUCGCUGCCUGCCCCCGCGGUGCCACCGCAGGAGACGCUGUGGGUGUUCACGUUCGGCACCUGGGAUAUCUGGAAUUUCGCGGCGCUGCCGCUUGAGUCGGGCGAGGGUCUUGUCGACGCCUCCACUGCUCACCUAUUCGAUCAAAUCGAGGUCCUGCUCAAGGAGUCGCUCGCGCCAGGCUCGAUCGCCUUUUCCGACUUUUGGACCAAUGCCACCAAGGCCAAGAUCGACGAGCUUACUGCCGAGGGUGCAGCCGAGAAUGUGGACGCGCGCAAGCUCGAGAGCUUCCGGGUGAUCAUCCCGCAGCUCUUUGACAUUUCGCUCACGCCAGGCUGGAAUGUCCGCCAGGAGCCGUCCCUGCCACAUUCGAUAGCAGAUCAGCUGCGUAACAGCGCAGUGCUGACUGCGCGAUGGAACGACAACAUCCGACGCGAGAUGGACUCGUGGAUGGGCAAGGGCAGCAUGAGGCCAGCGGGCAUCGAGGACAGCCAAGUCGGAACGAGGCCUCUGGAACCAGCGCCAAUGAAGGAGAGUCCUGAGAAGCAGGCUGACAACGAAUACUUCAACGAAGCUGGAGAUGACCCCACAAUCUACGCGCCCUUUCCUCGACGGCUAGGCUUCUCAGCCGACAUUGCUGGCGGGAUCCUCGAUGCCAUGACCGAAGAAGAGAUGCACAGGAUAGGUGCGACGGACGCUGUCGGCCGUGGCUCAGUGCCGGCCGAGGACGCGGCGCGCUUCCUCGAUAUCUGGAAUCCCUGUGUGUCGAAGGACGGAGAGAAGGCCAGCUGCGACAAACCCGCAGACCAUCUGUUCUACGACUCCUUUACGCUUUCGCAACGGGCGAUUGAUUUGAUGACCAAGAAGACGGCCCAGGGCGUGCUGGAGAAACUGCUACUUAGGGAGGAGCUGUGAUGCUGUGCGUGUAACGGCUGUGACUGGUCACCCGUAUGUACUACCUAAUUAAAGAUCAUGCACGAUCGCAAGCAUCGGAAAUCUCGAUGCCCCGGUACUCCAAAGCUUGUUUGCAAGUGAAGCCUCGCAGAGGCACGAUGCGGUGUGGUCAGUGGUCACUGGUUAAUGACCCUGGUCAAGUGACGGCUCCAUCAGUAUGCGCGCUGCUAGCACUGCAACGCUAAUGAGUAAUGAGC